CGCCUUUUUGAGCCGUGGGUCGACGCCUCAACGGGAAUGGUCCAUUUCGCAAUUGCCCGCUCGACAAUGGCGGCUUCUUGAUAUAUAUAUUUUCUUUUUUGCCUGGUAGAAAUUAGGGUUUCUUCCCUAUCUUUUUUCUCCUCUCCAUGGCCGCGGUAGCUUCUUGUUCAGCCUCUUGGAUUUCUCUGCAAAAUUGCCAUCUUAACGUUCCUCUUCGCCACAAAUGGCAGCCGAUUCAACACUGUGUUUGGAGUUCUGGCCGUGGUUCUCGAAGGUUUGGAUCAAUGAAAGUGUUAUGUUCGGGGCAGGAGAGAGCUUCGGUGAAAUGCAAUGUUUUAGGCGAAGCUGAGAAUGAUGGUGGCGGCGAAGAAAGUGUUCCUGAAAAGAAUGAGCAGUUUGUGCGGUGGUUUCGGGAGGCGUGGCCGUAUUUUCGCGCGCAUAGGGGCGGGACGUUUGUUGUCAUUAUUUCUGGUGAAAUCGUCGCCAGUCCCUACUUGGAACCCAUACUGAAGGAUAUCUCUCUCCUUCAUGGCCUGGGAAUUAGAUUUGUUCUCGUUCCUGGGACCCAUGUGCAGAUUGACAAGCUUUUGGCUGAGAGAGGAAGUGAGCCCAAGUAUGUUGGUCAAUACAGAAUUACCGACUCUGCUUCUCUGGAGGCAGCAAUGGAAGCAGCUGGGAGAAUUCGUAUAAUGAUAGAAGCUAUGCUUUCUCCUGGACCCUCCAUAUGUAGCAUUCGUCGUCAUGGUGGUAAUAGUCGCUGGCAUGAUGUUGGUGUCAGUGUUGCUAGUGGUAACUUUCUUGCAGCUAAGAGAAGAGGGGUUGUGGAAGGCAUUGAUUAUGGAGCAACAGGUUUAGUGAAGAGAGUAGAUGUUUCUCGCAUACGUGAAAGGCUUGAUGCCAGUUGUAUAGUCAUACUAAGCAAUCUGGGCUAUUCCAGUUCUGGAGAAGUUUUAAAUUGCAACACAUAUGAAGUUGCCACAGCCUGUGCCUUGGCUAUUGGAGCUGAAAAACUUAUUUGCGUUAUAGACGGUCCAAUUCUGGAUGAGAAUGAGCGCCUUAUUCGUUUUUUAACUCUUCAAGAUGCUGACACCUUGAUUCGUAAACGAGCUAAGCAGAGUGAAAUAGCUGCUAAUUAUGUGAAAGCUGUUGAUGAAGAAGAUCUUGCUUAUAAAGCUGUUGGUGAAGAAGAUCUUGCUUAUUUUGAGCAUAGUGAUUCUAAUGGAGCUUUGACUUCUCCACAGAAUGGGAAGGGUUCUAGUGAAAUGUAUAGUGCCACAUUUCAGAAUGGUGUUGGUUUUGACAAUGGGAAUGGACUAUGGUCUGGUGAGCAGGGUUUUGCUAUUGGAGGUCAAGAGCGGCUCAGUCGAUUAAAUGGUUUCCUUUCAGAAUUGGCUGCUGCAGCAUUUGUUUGCAGAGGAGGUGUUCAACGAGUUCAUUUAUUAGAUGGCACUAUUGGUGGAGUUCUAUUAUUGGAAUUGUUUCAAAGAGAUGGAAUGGGGACAAUGGUGGCUAGCGAUGUUUAUGAAGGAACCCGGAUGGCUAGGGUGACAGAUCUCCCUGGAAUAAAACAAUUAAUCCAACCUUUAGAAGAAUCAGGCACAUUGAUCCGGAGGACUGAUGAAGAGAUACUUAAUACAUUGGAAUCAUUCAUUGUUGUUGAGAGAGAAGGUCAUAUCAUUGCUUGUGCUGCUCUCUUCCCUUACUUUAAAGAAAAGUGUGGAGAGGUUGCUGCCAUUGCUGUUUCUUCAGAAUGCCGUGGACAAGGACAGGGAGACAAAUUACUUGAUUAUGUUGAGAAGAAGUCAGCUUCCAUGGGAUUGGAGAUGCUUUUCCUGCUUACAACCCGUACUGCAGAUUGGUUUGUGAGGCGUGGUUUCUCAGAAUGCUCCAUUGAAUCAAUACCUGAGGAAAGGAGGAAAAAGAUCAAUCUGUCUCGCAAAUCUAAGUAUUACACCAAGAAGCUGCAACCUGACAUGAGUGGGAUUUCUGUUGCUAGGGCAUUUAAUUAGAACACGGGAUACAGACAGCCCAAUUAAUUUUUCUUAGAAAAUAUCAUAUGUAAGAAGCAGAAUUGAUUGCAUGUAUUCUCUUCAUGGUGGCUCUGCAGCAUGUUUUGAGUUUUUGGGACUGACUCGUGCAUUCAUUUUUUCUUUUUUCCCUUGGUCAUAGCCAUCCAAAUAAGCAAUACCGUUAAACUUUAUCACAAGGUAGCUUAUUGUUAAAUUACUAGGAGGAUGUAAGCUAUGAGGCAUUUCCAAAUGUUUUUUUGUAGUUACAUAAUCUUGUCCUGCCUUUGAGGAGGCACUCUAUUUUCAUUGGGGAGUGUCAGUUUUUUACUGGAAUCA